CAGAACAGAAAGCCGCGAGAGCGCGCCGCGAGUGUGUGUCUGCCUUAAAACAUUGUCGCCACCCGCGCCGGGCGCACGCUCGCCUUUCAAAAUCGGACUCGAAUUUUUUAAAUUCGGUUUUCUAAAUUUAAUCUGAGUUGGGUUUUUGUAUUUUGGGUUUAGUUCAUAGAUUUUUAGUGUUAUGCGUUUGAGGCCGUAAUUUUUUGACAAUGGAAGUAAGUGCGAUGCCUCCUAUGCCUCUGGACUUCUCUAUGGUGAGAAAUGGAAGUGGUUCACCUGGUUCGCUGCGGGAGGGAUCUCCAAGACCUGUCUCCAACAGCGCCUUCAGAGUUGUUACUCCAAAAGGCGUAACAGCGAGUGAAGCCCUACGGAAUGGUUUGUGCCAGUCACUAUGGGGUGCUUCGGCCAAUCGUUCAGAGCCGAGAAUUGCAUCACCACUACCACCGAGCCAUGAGACUCCGUACCCUGUGAGAGAAGAAAUCAAAUUCGGGAUCAACCGUUUAGUCAGCGAGAGGACAGAAAGGACAGAAGAUGAAGAAGAGGAACAUCAUAAUGAGACACGACCUGAGGGCAUAUCGCCAGCAUCACGCUGCGGAAGUCCCUGUUGGGCGCCAUCACCACAAUCCCCAAGAUCUGUUCGCUCCAGUUCUCCAGAACUGGAAGUGGACUCUCCACCAUCUUCCCCAAGAAGACCACCAGACACUUCCCCUCCUCCUAAAAGAUCAGAAGCUUUCUCUGUAAGCGCACUUCUACGACCUGAUGCUCCAAGAGUGCAGCCUCAAAGACCAUUUUUAUAUCCUCCACUACCUUUUGCGGAGUUUUUGAGAGAUGCUGGGAGCCUUGGUCUACCUGGUUGGGGAGGGUAUAGCAACCUAUAUCUUCAUGCUGUUCAAGCAGCUGGUCCGGAACUAUUGAGACUUCGUGCAGCUGUUCUUGGUGCUCCUGGCCCAUUAUCCAGGCCUUUGCCAUUAGGAGAUGUAUACUCCUGUGUCAAAUGCGAGAAGAUGUUCAGCACUCCUCAUGGUUUAGAAGUGCAUGCCAGACGAUCUCAUAAUGGCAAGCGGCCCUUUGCUUGUGAACUCUGCAGCAAGACAUUCGGACACGAAAUCAGUUUGAGUCAGCACAGGGCUGUCCACAGCGUUGAGAAAGUCUUCGAAUGCAAACAAUGCGGGAAGACCUUCAAACGAUCAAGCACGCUGUCUACCCAUCUCCUAAUUCACUCUGACACCAGACCCUAUCCAUGUCAGUACUGCGGAAAGCGUUUCCACCAAAAAUCGGAUAUGAAAAAGCACACCUACAUCCAUACUGGCGAAAAACCCCACAAAUGCCAAGUCUGCGGCAAGGCCUUCAGUCAGAGCUCGAACCUGAUAACACACUCUCGCAAACACACUGGAUUCAAGCCAUUUGCCUGCGAGCUCUGUGGACGAGCAUUCCAGAGGAAGGUGGAUCUGAGGAGACACAAGGAGACCCAGCAUGCUGACCUGAGACCCCCUCAGCCACCGCAUAUGCAGCCCCAUACUGAUGUGCAUGGCAUGCAUCCUACUGAAAUGCAUGCUGUGCCUGACCAUCGAAUAGAUCUCCGUCCCCCACACCCUGACCUGCGCCAGCACCCUGACUUCAGAGCACACAUGAGCACCGCAGUGCCUCCUCUGCAGCCACUACCAUCCUGAACCUCAACAGCCUUCGCGCCAACUGGCUGGCGUUAAGGCUUGAAGAUGGAGUAGAACAUGAUAGAGCGAUGUGGCAGUGACCAGUUUUAACAGUGACUACCAAAAAAUUUGAUCUUUUUAUUUCAUGUCAAAAUUCGUUUUGUACACGAUGUCGUGUCGUAAGCCUGUCGUUACGUAAUGACUAAAUAUCUCGCUCGCUUCGUCGUGCGCGAACGGUUCGGUUAUUCGUACAGGGACGUACUCAGUUUCAUUGAAUGUCGUAAGUUAUUUUCAAGUUCAAAAUUAUUAUAGACGGCGUUCGGUUAUUAUAUAAAAUUUAUGUUUACAAAACGUGAUAUGUUUUCGUUGUUAUUUUAUUCCUUUUUAAUACUCAAUAAUGAGCUCACGAUUUAGUGUGGUUGCAAUAGUGCUUUGUUUAAAACAUAUAAUAUAGAUAGCAUUUUUUGUUUUAAAUACAGUCUUAUUUUUGUUUAUUAUGGACGUUUAAGUCAAAUGUAGUGAAAAAACAUUUUUAAUCUACAAUAUAGUUUGAACUAAUCCAUUCCACAUCGCUUUACGGGGCAGUGUAAAAUAUUGAAUAGGAAACCAACAUAUAGUAUACAAAUAAAUACAUUUUAUUGUUACCGCAGCUCUUAUAAGUAGAUAUAAUCAAAUUAUUAUAAUAAAAAAAAUGUUAACGCUUUGUAAUUGUGAGUUUUUUGAUCUCAAAAUAAACUACAGAAUAAAGUGUUUUAUUGUAAAUGUUGUUUGUGUUGCAUUAAUGUAAAAUAUAAUCAAUCUUAUGUAAUAAUAAUCACAAUUCAGAGAAGAAUUAUGUAUGUAUGAAAUAUUUCAGAUAAAAAAAUACUCAGUAUAGGAAAAACUGCAACACAAGCAAUUAUUUUAGCGGGCGAUAUCCAAAGAGCACAAAUUUUUAAGAAAUUUCGAGGCACCUAAUUGUAAAGUCACAAAAUGUAAUGGACUGACUGAUGGAAUCAUUCCAAAAUAUUUUUUUUUUCUAUAAUUACUUAGACAUGAACAACUUAAUUAUAAGAAAGGUCUUUAUGUAGAGACUCCGUGUUUAUUCUAUUUUUAUAAUUAUUGUUGUUUAUUGACAUCAUUCCCUGUUAUUGUUAACAAAAAAUAGAAAAUAGUCAAUAUAAUAAACAUUACCACCACUUUCAGCAUCUCUAUUUUAUAGUCCAAUCUUAAAUUGGAAUAAUAUAUUAAAUAUAAUGGCAACUGCAAUAGAUUAAUAAUCAAACAUUAUACCAAAGUACAUUACCCAAUAUUAAUAGUAAUGCGUAUAAAAUAAUUAUGUGUCAUAUUAUGAUAGUCGAAAUAAUUUCAUUAGAAUAGAAUUAUAAUAGAAAAAUAC